AAUUUAAUGGGGAAAGUUCCAGGUUAUAACACCGAAAGCGGCAACCAAACACUUCAAACUUCUCCUCCCUCGCAGUCUCGCAGAGAUAAAAACAAACUCCACAACAAUAAAAAUAAACAAAUGACAGACACAGAGAGCUAAGCUGGCCAUUCACGAGCUCUCCCUCGAUCGCCUCAUCAUUUUUUGAACUGUGCAACGGCGUCGUCUAGCUCCAGAAGCAGCAGCAGCAGCUACCACAUGAAGCUGAAGCAGCUGGCUCUAAUCACUUCCGGCAUGCUGCUUCUGCUGCUUCUGCUUUUUCCCGCAGCAGCUUUCUCCGACGCUCAGAACCUCGAGACAUCUCAGUACAAGUGGGGCCCCUUCGACGAAUCGUAUUAUAACACGUUUGCGGUGAUCAAGCCGGCGACGAUCAGCAACGAGGCGCUCCAGAUCACGCCGGACUCAGCCGGCAACUUCACGCUCUACAACCGCUCAGGUAGAGUCUUCUUCAACCAGUCUUUCGUGCUCUGGACCGAUUCGGAUUCUCCUGGCUCCGCCACAACCGGAGCCUCGGGACGCGUGGCGUCUUUCAAUACGUCGUUCCUCGUUAAUGUCUUUCGUGUCAACAGCUCCGCAGUCCCCGGAGAGGGCCUGGCCUUCCUCAUAGCACCGAAUCUCACCCUCCCUCAAGGCAGCCACGGUGAAUACCUCGGUUUAACCAACGCCGCCUCCGAUGGGAACCCCAGCAACCACCUCCUCGCCGUCGAGCUCGACACUUACAAGCAAAGCUUCGACCCGGACGACAACCAUUUGGGCCUCAACAUCAACUCGAUCCGAUCCAACAAGACUGUUUCACUCUCGGAUCUGGAUUUCCAGAUCGCCCCAAACACUACCAAAUUUUACAUGGUAUGGGUCCAGUACGACGGCGUUUCGCGUCAGUUAGACGUGUUCAUGGCCGAACAGUUGCGGGACCCAAAAACUAGUGAUUUCUUCAUCAGGCCCAGGCCCACAAAUCCAAUCUUAACGGCUAAUCUCAAUCUCAAGGAUAUUGUGCAGCAGAAAUCCUACUUCGGUUUCUCUGCAUCGACCGGCAGUGCAAUCCAGCUCAAUUGCUUAUUGAGAUGGAAUCUGACGGUGGAGAAUUUGUCAGGUGUCGGAAGUGAAGAUAGCAAAAAUCAGGGGCUGAAGAUAGGACUUGGAGUGGGUGUACCCGUGGUGGCGCUGCUCCUGUUGGGCUUGGGAGGGCUGGUAUAUUACGUGCACAAGAGGCGGAGGGCCGCCGCGUCCGGCCCGAAUAUCUUAGGGGCACUCAAGAGCCUUCCGGGCACUCCAAGGGAGUUUGAGUUCAAGGAGCUGAAGAAGGCUACGAACAACUUCGACGAGAAGCACAAACUAGGUCAAGGUGGGUUUGGGGUGGUCUAUAGAGGAGUGCUACCCAAAGAGAAUUUGGAAGUGGCCGUGAAGAAAUUCUCCCGGGAUAAUCUCAAGGGUAAAGACGACUUUUUGGCUGAGCUCACCAUUAUCAACCGCCUCCGCCACAAGCAUCUCGUCCGGCUACUUGGAUGGUGCCACAAAACUGGGAUGCUACUCAUAGUAUACGAGUACAUGCCGAACGGUAGCUUGGACAACCACCUUUUCGGGGGUCCUGAGAAUGCAACACUAGGCUGGAGCCAAAGGUACAAAAUUGUAUCCGGGGUGGCGUCUGCCUUACAUUACCUCCACAACGAGUACGACCAAAGAGUGAUCCAUAGAGACCUCAAGGCCAGCAACAUAAUGCUAGACUCCCACUUCAACUCCCGCCUCGGCGACUUUGGCCUCGCACGUGCCUUGGACAACGAGAAAACCUCCUAUGCGGAGCUCGAGGGUGUACCGGGCACAAUGGGGUACAUCGCUCCCGAGUGCUUCCACACGGGCAAGGCCACCUGCGAGUCUGAUGUGUAUGGGUUCGGGGCAGUGCUUCUAGAAGUUGCCUGCGGUCAACGACCAUGGACAAAAAUGGGCGGGUUUCAGUGUGUGGUGGAUUGGGUUUGGUCCUUGCAUAGAGAUGGGAGUGUCUUGGAGGCCGUGGACGAGAGGCUUGGGAGUGAUUACGUGGCAGAGGAAGCUGAGAGGCUAUUGCUUCUUGGGCUGGCCUGCUCUCACCCCAUUGCCAAUGAGAGGCCCAAGACCCAGGCCAUUAUCCAAAUCAUUUCCGGGUCGGUUCCGGUGCCCCCAGUCCCGCCUUUUAAACCCGCUUUUGUGUGGCCCUCCUCCUCUAUGCCCGAAGGAGUCAGCAGCGUAGCCAACACUGCGAAUACGACGUCGUCAUGGCCUCUAGGGAUAUCAGUUUCGGAUAGAUCUGAAUGGACCCCACGCUACGACAGCCAGGACAGCUAUUGAGUUUAAGAUGCUUAAUUUUGUCAUCCUAUCACUAGAACCAGUGAGCCUCAUGUUUCAAUUUAUUUAUUUUUCCACUUUUCUUUUUUUAAAAAUAAAUAAAAAUAAAAAUAAAAUUCCUAGUUUAAAUAUUGUUUCUUUUUUCUCAUUUGUUUUGUUUAUCACCGAAGGUGCUUUUCCACGUGUAAGUUUGUACAUUUUGUUGAUAUUUAUAAAUAUGUACAUCUUAUUUCCUCA